CAGGCCCGGGGCGGCGGAUGAAGUUGAGCUCCUGCUUAAGCCUUCUGCCACCGAAGAACAAUCGAAAUGGCAGCUGUGGAAACACUGCAGUCGUCUUCUCUUUCCGUGGUCCUCACUGGACUGUUUCUGAAGUAGCUUGCCCUGCGGGUUGAGACUGGGAGUGUUAAAAUGCCUGAAAUCAAAGUCACUCCUUUGGGGGCCGGCCAGGACGUGGGGCGCAGCUGCAUCCUGGUGUCCAUCGCGGGCAAGAACGUGAUGCUGGACUGCGGCAUGCACAUGGGCUACAACGACGACAGACGCUUUCCUGACUUCUCCUACAUCACUCAGAACGGAAGGCUGACUGACUUCCUGGACUGUGUGAUCAUCAGCCACUUCCACUUGGACCACUGUGGAGCUCUGCCCUACUUCAGUGAGAUGGUUGGCUAUGAUGGGCCCAUUUACAUGACACAUCCCACCAAGGCCAUCUGCCCCAUCCUGCUGGAGGACUACAGGAAGAUAACUGUGGAUAAGAAAGGGGAGAUCAACUUCUUCACUUCCCAAAUGAUCAAAGACUGCAUGAAGAAAGUGGUUGCUGUGCAUCUUCACCAGACAGUUCAGGUGGAUGAGGAGCUGGAGAUCAAAGCUUACUAUGCAGGCCACGUGCUGGGGGCAGCCAUGUUCCAGAUCAAGGUUGGCUGUGAGUCAGUGGUGUACACUGGUGACUACAACAUGACACCAGACAGACAUUUAGGCGCCGCCUGGAUCGACAGGUGCCGGCCGGACCUGCUGAUCACCGAGUCCACCUACGCCACCACCAUCAGGGACUCCAAGCGCUGCAGGGAGAGAGACUUCCUCAAGAAGGUCCAUGAGACUGUGGAACGAGGAGGGAAGGUUCUCAUCCCAGUUUUCGCCCUUGGCCGUGCCCAGGAGCUCUGCAUCUUGUUGGAAACCUUCUGGGAGAGGAUGAAUCUGAAGGCUCCCAUCUACUUCUCCACGGGCCUGACAGAGAAGGCCAAUCACUACUACAAGCUCUUCAUCACCUGGACCAACCAGAAGAUCAGGAAGACCUUUGUGCAGAGGAACAUGUUUGAGUUCAAACACAUCAAAGCCUUUGACAGGGCCUUUGCAGACAACCCAGGGCCUAUGGUUGUGUUUGCAACCCCUGGCAUGCUUCAUGCAGGACAGUCCCUUCAGAUCUUCAAGAAGUGGGCAGGCAAUGAGAAGAACAUGGUCAUCAUGCCUGGCUACUGCGUGCAGGGCACCGUGGGCCACAAGAUCCUGAGCGGCCAACGCAAGCUGGAGAUGGAGGGAAGGCAAAUACUGGAGGUGAAGAUGCAGGUGGAGUACAUGUCCUUCAGCGCCCACGCCGACGCCAAGGGCAUCAUGCAGCUGAUCCGGCAGGCCGAGCCCCGCAGCGUGCUGCUGGUCCACGGGGAGGCCAAGAAAAUGGAGUUCCUGAAGCAGAAGAUUGAGCAGGAGUUUCAUGUCAGCUGCUACAUGCCUGCCAAUGGAGAGACCACAACCAUCUUCACCAACCCCAGCAUCCCAGUGGACAUAUCCCUGGGGCUCCUCAAGAGAGAAACAGCACUAGAUGUCAAGAAGCCCCAGCUGAUGCAUGGCACACUGAUGAUGAAGGACAAUAGCUUCCGGCUGCUGUGCCCCGAGCAGGCGCUGAAGGAGCUGGGGCUGGCGGAGCAUCAGCUGCGCUUCACCUGCCGCGUGCACCUGCAGGACCCGCGCAAGGAGCACGAGACCGUGCUGCGCGUCUACAACCACCUCAAGGGGGUGCUGAAGGACUACUCUGUGCAGCACCUCCCUGAUGGGUCCAUAACAGUGGAGUCCAUCCUCAUCCAGGCCACAGCACACUCUGAGGAUCAAGGAACCAAAGUUCUGCUCGUGUCCUGGACCUACCAGGACGAGGAGCUGGGCAGCUACCUCACAGCCCUGCUGAAAAAAGGACUUCCACCCAGCAGCUCCUGAGCAGCAG